UCCAGCCAAAUUGUGUUUUGUAGCUUUCAGAAGCCCAGGUCUUUUAAUGUCAAGCCCUGUAAUGUGUGCUGGCUUUUAAGUGAAGGAGUGACGGGCUUGUAAUUUGAGCGUCUGACCGGGGGUAUUAUUAUCUAAACCUAGCACAGAGUCUGAACGGUCCAGAUGUUCAAACAGACACCAGGAAGGACACGGCGAGGGUCUGUGUGUCUCACGCCUGUUGAUUUGGGCAAAAACACAGGCAGGAAAGCGGACUGGAAAGUUGCGAUAUCAAACCGAGGACGAUUCUGUGUGAUUUAGCUGUUUCUGCGUCGGGAGUGCGCGUGUUUGGCGCUCUGGACAUGCGUGGGGCUGGAGCAGGAGGGCUUGUCUAAAGUUUGAACAGCAGAGCUGAAGGUAGCCUACUGUUGACUGUGAUAAGACAGAGAUGGCUAUGAUGGCUUCCCCUCUGUUCCUACUGAUAGUCUGUCUGCUCUCGUUGCGAGUCGGAGAGGCUUUCUUUGCGGGACCCCUGCACCCAGAGAUGUCCAACGGCACCUUUCAUCAUUAUUUCGUGCCGGAUGGCAACUACGAAGAAAACGACGAUCCCGAGAAAUGUCAGAUGCUGUUCAAAAUGACCGACAAUCGCAAAUGCACCCUGGACGAGGACCAGGACUCGGUGAUCCGGGACGAUUUUAUCAUCAUCAAGCGGCACAUCGAGGACGCGGCGAGGGUGCUGGAGGGCAUCGGGAAGAGCAUCUCCUUCGACCUGGACGGAGAGGACAGCUACGGGAAAUACCUGAGACGGGAGACGACCCAGAUCAGCGAGGCGUUUUCUAACUCUGAGAAGUCUCUUCUGGAGCUGGAGGUGAAAUUCAAACAGAGCCAGGAAACUGAGCUGAAAGAGGAGCACAAGAUCAACGACGACUUCCUCGACAUGAUCGUGCACACGCGCGACGUCUUGAAGGAGACUCUGGACAUCUCGCUGGGACUGAAGGACAAGCACGAGCUGCUGUCGCUCAUCAUCCGGAGUCACGGGACCCGGUUGAGCCGUCUGAAGAACGAGUACAUGAAGGUGUAGAGAGGACUGUCUGUCUGCCUUCAGGAGCCUACCCAGGCAAACCCUUACCCUAUGGCAAGGCUUUUUAACAUUCAUUCCUUCAAAUGAAGUGGGCUAGUAAUUUACUUGUACUUGUUUUUAGUAAAUAGUCAAUUUUCCCAAUAAAAUUGUCCCAAUCGUCUUUAAGUAAUAGUACUGAAGCUAUAUACUGCACGUAAUUAUUCAGUUCAAAUUAAUUUCUAUGAAACACUAGGGUCAAUCCUAUCUCUUAUUAGUAAAUAUAUAGGCUACUGUCUCACUAGUUACACAACACACACUGGUCUAACAAAUGAAGCUGAAAUAGUCUACAUUUGUGACCCUGGACCACAAAACCAGUCAUAAGGGGCCAUUUUCUCAAAAGUAUAUUUAUACAUAAUCCGCAAGCUGAAUAAAUAAGCUUUCCAUUGAUGCAUGGUUUGUUAGGAUAGGUCAAUAUUUAGCCAAGAUACAACUAUUUGAAAAUCUGGAAUCUCAAAAAUAUUGAGAAAAAGGUUUUGAAAGUUGUCCAAAUGAAGUCCUUAGCAAUCCAUGUUAGCAAUCAAAAAUUAUGUUUUGAUAUACUUACGGUAGGAAAUUUAUGAAAUAUCCUCAUGGAACAUGAUCUUUACUUAAUAUCCUAAAGAUUUUUGGCAUAACAGAAAAAUUGAUAAUUCUGACCCAUACAAUGUAUUGUUAGCUAUUUCUACAAAUAUACCCUUGCUCCAGGGUCACAUAAGAACUAGAGUAAAUAGUUAAUAGUUACUAUAAAAACUGGACUAGAUGCCAGCAAACAUUGGAACACAUACUAGUCCAGGAGUAGGCAAUGUCGAUCGUGGAGAGCCGAUGUCCUGCACAGUUUAGCUCCAUCCCUGAAAAAAAAAAAACUAGCAGGUCUGUAGCUUUAAUAAUCCUGAAGACCUUGAUUGGCUUGUUCAGCUGUGUUUGAUUAGGGUUAGAGCUAAACUCUGCAGGUCAACGGCACUCCAAUGUUACCUAUCCCUGUACUAGUCUGAAGUUAAUUGUUAAUGUCUGAACCACGGAUCCCUAUAGAACUCACUGGAAAAAUAUUUGGAAUUGUUUCUUGUUACUAUCACCAUAAAGUAAAAUGUAUUAAUCACUUGGAUUGCUUACUAAAAGAAGUACUAGUAACAUAACAAUAUGCUUUUUUUUAAGGAAUAAAUGUUAUUUCUCUGUAACUACUUGGCAAAAGUGAUGCAGCUAUUCUGUGCAAUAAAAGAAAGCCAGUAUUCACUUAAUAGCUGCAAUCAUACAUGAUGGACAACCAUUAAAUGCUUUAAACGUGGCAAUACUGCCCUUAAAUUCUAGUCAUUAACAAUAUUUGCAGCUUAUGACUGGUAUCUCAGUCUAACCAAUAUAGAGGCUUUACCUCUCAGAGUAGACAUACGAAACACUGAGUUAGUGUCAGCAUUGCGUCACUCAUUAUUUUCUCAGAUAAUUAUGUAGGGUGUAUUUGCAUUUGCUCAUUUCCAUUGGCAUUACUUGAAUGUUUCAGUGAAAAUUCAUGUUGGUUAAACAGAAGGAAUAUAGUUUUCAUUGUACAAAUGUUAGCUGUCAUAUUAAUAUUUAGUUUAUAUAAGAGCAUGUACUUGGAAUAUUUUUUAAGCAUUCAGUCUGACAAUCCUAAAAAAUACUGGCAAAUUAAAAACAUACAUUUCUAUUAUUAUUAUUUUCUAUGAUACACUUGGAGGAAUAAAAACACAAUUGCGAUUCUUUGUACAUGUAAUUAAGUUUUAUGUGCCCUAAGAAAUCUAUAUAUUUUAUAAUGAGCUUUUAAAAUAUUAAACUGUGAGUGUUUAUAUUUAUGAAAAAGCAUAACUGUAUUCAUUUUAUUAAACUGUACGUAUUCUUGUAAUCCUCUGAGAAGUAAUGGGAAAAGGACGAUCUGGGAUGACAUAUUCCAGACAAACCAAGAUGACUGCGGGCAGGAUUAUUGGACUUGAAGAGUUCUACCUUGUGUAGUUCCAUUCCUGAGAUACAGUAUAUAUUGUGUAUAUUCCUUUUUGUAAUAAAAAUCUUUAAGAUAGUA